AUGUUCGAGCAUUGCACCUGCGAUUUGUGUCGCCAAGCAACUGCACCAGCAGAGAUAACCACAGUGGCGGUGGCCACUACUACUGUACCAGUGGUUCCAACUGUCAAUUUGAAUUCAAAUCGCCCAGCACCAGAACGUCCUCCUCCACCACCAACUGCCGCGACAAUUAGGAACAAUGGUGUAAGUAACAGCGGCCAUGCUCGUCAACUGCCUAACCAACAAAUUCAAAUGCAGCCGCAACUGCAACGGCAACAACAACCAGUACAACAACAACAACAACAACAACAACAACAACAACAACAACAACAACAACAACUGGCACCUCGACCAGUUGCACCGCUGUUACCAUUCACCGCAGGGCUACCAUUUGCUUUUUAUCAGAACAUGUUGCCUGCCUUUCCGGCGGUGUAUCGACCACCAUUGCGAGGUUGCUGUGAGAGGUAUCGUGGUUGGAUGCAGCGGAGAGUUGGUCGGCCACCGCAUGAUGCUCAUUGUCGAUAUCGGUUUCACGGCUACCAAAUGGGAUGAGUGGGGCCCUGAAAUGGGAGAGGGUCAACAAAAACCAGAAAAAAGUCGGGAGGGUUAAAACCAAGUAAUCGAUUUGAAUGUAUUGC